CUUCAGAGAACUGCAGCAAGCUCUGAUCCUCCUUACUGCUAUCGCUGCUCCAAACCUGGAAAAGCAGUGUUGCUAAAUAGGCUGUCACCACAGAUUUUCAUUUUGUACCCCUGAAAUGGAAGUGAAGUCUAGGAAGUAGCUAAAGAGGUGAUGAAGACUCAAUGAUAAUGUCAGGUUUGUGGAGUUCUCUGAUCCCAGCACCAAGAAGAACAGAAAUAUGUUUAAGGGACAGCCAUCAGACAGGACAUACCUCCUCAGAGAUUCGUAAUUGCAAGGCUGCAGAGCUGGAAGCUCUGUAGAAUCAGCCAAAGGAAAAUACGCUCACAUGCUGUUCAAUGAACUGUUUGAAGACUAUUCAAAUGCUCUAAGACCAGUGGAAGACACAGAUAAAGUGCUGAAUGUUACCCUUCAGAUAACAUUGUCACAAAUUAAAGACAUGGAUGAAAGGAACCAAAUUUUGACAGCUUACUUAUGGAUUCGACAAAGCUGGUAUGAUGCAUACCUCAAAUGGGACAAGGAUAAAUACGAUGGCUUGGAUUCUAUCAGGAUUCCAAGCAAUUUGGUCUGGAGACCAGAUAUUGUCCUUUAUAACAAGGCUGAUGAUGACUUUUCAGAACCAGUGAAUACUAAUGUUGUGUUGAGAUAUGAUGGAAAAAUCACUUGGGAUGCACCUGCUAUCACAAAGAGCUCAUGUGUAGUGGAUGUAUCUUAUUUUCCUUUUGACAGCCAGCAGUGCAACCUUACAUUUGGUUCCUGGACCUAUAAUGGUAAUCAGGUAGACAUCAUCAAUUCUCUUGAUAGUGGUGACCUUUCUGACUUCGUAGAAGAUGUGGAAUGGGAGAUUCAUGGCAUGCCAGCGGUUAAGAACGUAAUCACUUAUGGCUGCUGCUCUGAGCCUUACCCAGAUGUAACAUUCACACUGAUUUUGAAAAGGAAGUCUUCUUUCUACAUAUUUAAUUUGUUGCUUCCUUGCAUUUUGAUCUCUUUCCUCGCCCCACUGGGAUUCUAUCUCCCUGCAGACUCUGGAGAAAAAGUGUCGCUAGGUGUUACGGUUCUUCUUGCUCUGACUGUGUUCCAGCUUAUGGUUGCAGAGAUCAUGCCUCCCUCUGAAAACGUACCUUUGAUAGGCAAGUAUUACAUAGCAACUAUGACCAUGAUCACAGCUUCCACCGCGCUGACGAUCAUUAUUAUGAACGUCCAUCACUGUGGCUCAGAAGCAAAGCCUGUUCCACAAUGGGCCAGGGUGGUUAUCUUGGACUACAUGUCAAAAAUCUUUUUUGUGUAUGAUGUGGGUGAAAACUGUACGAGUCCACAAAGGGAGAAAGAGCAAGAGCAUAAGUUAGAGGGGGAUGAUGUGUGUCCGGGGGGAGACAAAGAGGUAAGGAGUCAACUUUCCAAUAGAAAUGACGACAGUGAUCUCAAGGAGAAGCUGAAUGGAAAUUUGAAUAAAAGCUGUGGAGUUCAUGGUGAAGAUGUUAGGGAGAAUGUUAACUGCUGUUCCUGUUACAAAAUGCUGAUAAAAAAUAUCGAGUACAUUGCUAACUGUGUUCGAGACCAUAAAGCAAACAGGGCCAAAGGAAUUGAGUGGAAAAAAGUAGCAAAAGUGAUGGACAGGUUUUUCAUGUGGAUUUUUUUUAUUAUGGUGUUUUUUAUGAGUGUGCUGAUCAUUGGGAAAGCAGCUUAACUGCAGAUGAACGUGUUCAUUUUGUAGGUAUGAUGUAGGUAUGAAUGUACUGGGUUAGCUCGUUUCAGCGGAGCUGUGGCUAGGUGCACUUCUGAGAUCUUUGUGUCUUCUGUUCUGUAACAAUAAACUGGCUCAGUAGGCCGCAACAGCGCAUUGAGACAUUGCUCAGCUGAUGGCUUUAUUAGUGGCUUUCAUUGUGUUUUAAUACGGGAGUGCAGCCUCGAUGAGGCUGCUGGACGAGCAGUCUGUGCUCCUUCUUAAUGAACGGUGGCCACGACUGCAGGCUGGUCGGGGGAGCAAUGCAGUGGUGGAGCAGACAGCCUAGCAGGGAGCACUCUAUUCAGAGGGCUGCACCUUGUCACUUGGCUGGCCUUUUCUCUCUGACAGAACAAAAUUGGGGUAUUUGUGAGACUGUGACAGUUCCUGGAAUUUACUGCUUCAUGGCAUUGCCUUUUUUCUUUUUUUUUUUUUCUUAGCUUGCCUUUUUAAGUUAGUUCAUUUUGUUAAGGGCUUUUUCUGGUUACUGUUCAUGUCUGCUCAUAGGCUCCACCUGCCUCUGUUUUGCUCUCUAGUGUGCCUUUCACUUCUGCUACCAUUGAGUAUACCACUAAAUAUGAUGGCACCUUGAUUUUCCUUUUAAUCUCCUGCUGCUAAAUAUUGCUCCUUUGUUACUGCAGAUCAAGUAAGCCAGAAUGACAGGGCUUCUUCCUCCAUUCUCUUCCUUCUGAUUCUAACAGCAGGAAGGAGGCUUCUCAUCCUCCCUAGUUAUUUCAUUGCCCUGGACAUUUGUGCAAAAUGCGCCUUUAAAUGUCAGUUGUGAGACUGUUAAAAUAGGCCGUAACUGUCUGGACUCUGCUCAUUUUGUUGACUGACCAAUGCUCGCUCCAUGUGUCUG